CAGACGUCAGAAGGGAGUCUUCGCCUCGAGUCAAAACUAAACAAAAAAAGAUAUACGAUGAAUGAAUAUUUGGACAACCAGAAUAGCCACAAGUCAAGCAAAACUAACGAUUGAAAGGGGGAGAAUUCCAAAGGAAGUUGUCUACAUUUAGGAUAGUUGUAGCAAACAAAACCUUACAAUGGAGGGUUCGACGGUACCCACGAUUGACCCAGAUUUUGAGCCGCAAAGCAGACCUAGGUCGUGCACAUGGCCGCUCCCCAGACCCGACAUCUCAGCUGUCAAACCGGAGGUGGCGGACGGCCCUGAAUCUUCUGCGGGAACCCCGCCCGCCGACGACGAUAAGCAGGAGCAACAGCAAAUCAUAUCCGAGCCUGAGAAAGUUGUGGUCACAGAGGGAGGAGUCGUAGCCGGAGUAGGUGGAGCCACACCCAGAAAGGGAUCAUCCCGGCGCAAUGCAUGGGGGAACCAGUCUUACGCGGACCUGAUUAGUCAGGCUAUUGAGAACUCUCCAGAGAAGCGUCUAACCUUGGCACAGAUAUAUGACUGGAUGGUGAAAACUGUGCCUUACUUCAAAGAUAAAGGAGAUAGCAACAGCUCAGCAGGGUGGAAGAAUUCAAUCCGCCACAACUUAUCACUCCACAACAAGUUCCUGAGAGUUCACAAUGAGUCCACAGGCAAGAGUUCUUGGUGGAUGCUCAACCCAGAGGGGGGCAAGACUGGGAAAGCCCCCCGUCGCCGUGCUGCCUCCAUGGACAACAGCAGCAAACUGCUGAAAAGCCGGAUGCGAGCCAAGCAGACCAAGAAGGCAGCAGCAGGCCUGGGCGGGACCACUGGGGGAGAUGGCGACGGGGGCGCAGACAGUCCCAACUCCUCCCAGCAGUUCCCUAAAUGGGGGGUAAACAGUGGCAGCCCCUCAUCCCGUGGUAGCCUAGACGACCCUGACAUGUGGACCAGCUUCCGUCCACGCACCAGCUCCAAUGCCAGCACCCUGAGUGGCCGGCUGUCCCCCAUCGGCCCCGGCCAGGAGGAUGAGGAUGACCUGCCUGAGGAAGGUCUACUGGGCUACUCCACGGGCAACCUGCCCCCCACCCUCACUGAGACACUAAUGGAGGAGCUGGACCUGAUCGAUGGCCUGACACUGAUGACCGAGCAGCAGGGAGGGGCUAGUCCCAGCACAGCCCCACCGGCUCCCCCCACCCCUCUGCCCUCUGCCUCAACACUGCUUCCCCGGGGCUCCGGGUUCCCCUCCUUCCGUCAGCUACAGCCAUCCAACAUCUCCCAGGCCCCCAACCAGACUGGGGGACAGUCCUCAGGCACACAAUGUGGCAACAAUAACAACUCCAAACCAUUAAACUAUGGUAACUCUCUCUUUAACCCCAUGCCCAGCCCUGGCUCCCGUGGGACUGGUCUCUAUGGCACCCAUGUUCCCUCCAGCUUGGAGGUGUUGCUCACCUCAGACUCCCCGCCUCCCAGUGAUUUCAUGAUGACCCAGGUGGACCCCCUUAUGCCCAGUCCUAGUGGAGUGGGGAUGAUGGGCAUGGGGGGUCCCAUGGUGGGAGGGCGGCCCAAACCAAACCAGCUGUUGCUGGGGAAGGGGCUUGAGCCAAACACUGUGGCAUCCAUGAGGAUGCAGUCCCAGCUCCAACAGCAGCACUCUCAGCUGGGCCUGGGCAUGAUCCUGUCAGGCAUGGCCCAAGACUCUCCACAGCUCUCAGCCCUCAAAGCUCAGCAUGCACAGCUGCCAGGUAUGGGGCCUCACCACGGAGGGGGCCUAUCCAAUAUAGGAGGAGGUCUGCCAGGGAUGGGCCAGUUCGGAACGCCGAGCUCCUUCCUACCAAGUCAAGACCGCUUGCCCACUGACUUGGACAUUGAGAUGUUCACAGAGAACUUGGACUGUGACGUUGACUAUAUCAUCAACAGUGACCUCAUGGAUGGAGAGGGCAUUGAUUUCAACUUUGACCCCAUAAUGCCAGGUGGGCAAAGCUACUCUGGCCCUGCAACUACGCAGAGCUCCGCCCACAACUGGGUACCCAGCUAACUUCUCAGCAACCUUGCAGUGUUAGCCAGGUAAGGAUCCCCAAUCACACACAAACUCAACGACACCUACAACCUAGAACACACCUGGUGCAUUCAUUCCUAAUCCUCAUCUCCCUAUUGGCUGAAGAUCCAAUUCCGAAGCAAUUUUUUUAACUUUUGUGCUUGUACUUUUGACGAAACCAGACCUCAGACAUCCAUGUCACAGGCCAUCCAUGUCCCUGCCCCUAGUAACAGUUGCAACUUUUGGGGACUUUGCUGUAUUUUUUUGAGUGUUUGAGAUAAGUAUGACAGAAUUUAUUUCGGGUGAAAAGAUGAAGCACAACUAACAACUCUAAGUUAAUAUCACAAUGAAUAUUAUUACCAUACCAAAGUAGUUUUAGGAUUGAUAUGGUACACUUCCUUGAUGUCUUUGAUAUUGAAGGUGAAAUGGACAGUGCACACAGGAAGGAAUUGCCAGUUUUCAUAUAAAUUGUAGGUGGUGAACUAUUACCGACAACCACCAACUUGGACAUGAAAUGAAGCUGCUGCAUCUUUAUCUAUGGAGGGAAUGAAGUUCCAACACACUCCUCUGGACUUUCCUCAAUUAAAAUAUUGAGAAGAUGACACGAGCAAAGGCUGAUGAUGUUAAGUCAUUGGAUGAGACCAAGUUGAAGAUGUAUGAUUUGACAUUGGACUCCGCAUGUUGACCAGACGUAGUCUAACAUUUGGUCGCUUGGUGGUACGAAACAUGUGCUUCUGUUUCUUUUUCAUUGACGAGACCGGAGCUGCAAAGUAACUACGAGUUAUGUCAGUAGUAAUUUAACAGUACAGGGUAUGUGAUAUGCAUUUACCGCUUGGCAUUCAUGACUGCUCAGUGUGUGCUAAAGAGCAGGGUAGAAAACACUUUGGUGGAGUUUUUUAUUUUCUUGAUGUGCAGUUACACUAACAAUGUGAAGAAAAGUGAUUUGUGAGCUUUUUACAGGGGGCAUUCAAAGGUAAUUGUAUUUGCCAACAAAUUAUUUGGUUGACCAAGUGUUAUAUCAUUGAAAGCAGUUUUCCUCCACUGCUUUAAGGGCCGUUUGAAGGUUUUGCGUAACUGGGUUGUGUUUCAAGGCACUUGGGAGUAUUCCUGUCAUGUGGCUCCUGUACUCUAAUGGCAAAAUAAGAGACUAAACCAAGUUCGGUUGAAUCAUUUCAUCAAAGAAAAGAGGCAAGGUUGUCAUGCUAUGCAGAUCAAUCAGGAAAAUUCAAAAGAAAUCUUGAAGGAAAUUGUUAAGAUCUCUUGAAGGGUUUUGCAUUUAAUGUUUUCCUGCAAUGUUCUAUCCCUUAAAGUAAGGGAAACUGGGGCUUCAUGUGGGAAUAUUUUCUCACUGAUAACUUUGUUAUACAUUACUAACCAUUUUUUUUUUAAAUGAAAUUAAUACAACAUGUGAGAAGUAAAAUAUUUGACUAGUUUAAUAUACAAUUUAGAUGGAGGUUAUAUGUGAAAUAUUAACAUAUAUGAAUAUAUUUCUAUUACUAAUCAGACGUUAUGGAGAAAAACAAUUUCAGAUCAUUUUGAACGGUCAUUUUCUAUAUAUUCUUUUAUUUUUGUAAAAGAUGAGAUGCAUGUAGAUUUUAUACAUAACCAAAAGAACACUAAGAAUUACAUGGCAGAUAGUGGGUGCUUGGGACAAAAAAUAUUUUAGUGUAGAUAAGCUUCGCAAGUGGAGCCAAAGAAAGAAAAAAGAAAAGAAAUCUGCAUUUUAACAAAUGACAAGGCAGGUGAGUUGAGGCGAAGUACAUGUGUGGAUAUACCAGUAUAACUUGAUUUUCCAAAUUGACUAGCCACUUAGUUAAUUUGACUUGAUUAUUGUGAAAUUUAAAUCCAAGUUAAAACCCGCACAUGUUAUUUACACAGUGGAGGACAUUUAGCUCACAGCAGUAAUGCUGAAUUCACAUCUCAAAUGAUGCAGCGAUUAAAUCUCAGGGUCAUUUAAAAAAAUAAAAUAAUGGAAACAUCUUCCUUAAGGGAGUAAUCAGAUAAUCAUCAUAAUUACAUUUAUUUUAGGUAAAUUUCUAUGUUAAAAUACAAGACUGGAAACCAACAGCCCCUCGUGUUUUGCCAUUUUCUUAAUCGUGAGGCAUCCUUGACACAAGGGUCUUUGAUUCAUACCACUUUCAAUUUAACACGUAAAAAUAUAAAUUCAAAUUUUACUAUCUAAGAUGGAAAUAAACAAGAGAUCUUUAGUCAUGUAUAUCAUAACAAUAGUCUCGUUCGAGGUUGUUAAACUGCCAAUAUUGAACACUAUAGCAUGUUAUUCAAUAGCAAGAUGCACCAUGUCAUUUUUCAUGUUUUUUUUUCCUUUUGAAGAUGAGUUUUGUGUUAGGAGGAAGUUUGUAUUUAAAUACUUGAUCACGACAGAAGAAAAGGUUUCAUUUAUUGUAAAUGUUUUUUGUGUUGACCAGUUUUUCAUCUGAAAUGCAUCCUAGAUGGAGUUUGACAUCCAUUAUUAAUAAUUUCACUGUAACCAUGUGAAUACUUUAGCUUUUCAUUUGUAUAAAGCACUCUUUUUCGCACAGAUUUUUCUAUUGACCGGUGCUAGUUGUCAUUUAUGACAUACCCUAAGAGGGCCAUAAUGCAAUGGGUGCAUAUUUAGAUUCUUUCAGGGCCUUGAAUCAUUUUGUAUGCAGCACAAGGAUAUUUUGAGUGAGGUAGUGAUUAGUUAAAGCUGAAAUAUGUAACUUUUUGGGCAACCUGACAAAAUUGGCGUCAUUGUAAGCAAGUCUAAGAAGUGGUAGAUCUGUUCUAUGUGCACUAUUCCUAUUCUUCCCGUUUUAAGUUUCAUUUUUGUCUUUUACUUUCAAUUUUGUACACCAUCUGAAAAUAUAAUUUUUGGUUAUGGAAAAUAUAUUUCACAGUGGUUUAGAUGGUACAAUAAUUCUCUACACUGCGUGAUUGUUUUGUCACAUAAACUGAAAUUAGGCAAGCUAUUAGAAUUUUAGCAACCAGGAAAUGGCGGAGCGAUUUCUGCAUAGUGCAUCUUUCAAGAAACAAACCUUUUAUUUUUCUGUAUUGUGAUCCCCAAACGUUGUCACUUAAAAAUAGUUUUGAAAUUAAAGUGAAUACUGUGUA